AUGGAUGUGACCGAUGAGUUAUUAGAACAAACUGUCUUUCCCUACGAAAACUUUGGUAAUGGAGUGCGAAAUGCAGACAAUUUGGAGCAAAUCAGACACGACUGUAGUGUACAGGGCUUUCGUCUCAAUCCUGUCAGCAAAUCUAAAUUGAGAGAGUUUAAAGAAAUACGAGACCGUUUCAUGGGUUAUCUCAACGAGGUGCUUAAUUCGGACAGAGUGGACUGGGCACAACUUGUAUGAAAUAACCAAGAUGCGUACAAUAAAAACAAACACGAUGCUUUGUCUGAAUCCCAAUAUGCAUCGUGGCCUAAUAAACCCACCUAUAACGCAAAGACCAGCAUUGAGAAGUUUAACAAAAAGACCCGAUUGGAAAGCGUAAACGACUCGUGUUCGGGGGCUAGCGCUUCCAACUAUGGUGGACCGCAAAGUGGAUACCCCUCUGGUUCACCGCAUAGCAGUUCCAACUAUGAAGUGCCGUUUGGUGGAUACAACCCAAGUGCACAGCCCAGCACUUCCAAGUAUGGCGGACAUAACUAG